AUGAAGAUCCAAACACAUCUCGACAACUUCAAGUUGUAUGACAAAAUCAUAUUACCGACAGUCAUAGCAGUUCUUUUAAUAACCGGAACGUGUCUCCAACUCUUCGGACCGUCAACCUACGAGGAAAUUACAACAUGUGCGUACACAUGCACCGACCACACUAACAUCGAGUUUGACGCAUCAAAGUGCACAGGUAUCGACCCAAACCAAGGAACCGCUUUUACUGUUGAAUUUAAACCACUUAUUCCAAUGAAUAGAAUGAACAAAGUGCUCAUGACACCAUUUCUUAACAGAAAGUAUGUCGACCCCAAUCACCCAUCAUUUUACUCGAUGAAACUCUCUGCAAAUGUCACGUUAGAAUACAACGAGGACUCAAAAUGGGUCGAGUGGCAGAAAGGAAUGUACACUUCACAAGUCAACUGUUACAACAAUGAAAAGGGCUCUUGCACUUCAUCGUGGUGGAUUAAAGAGCCAUACAUCAUGCACGACGUGGAGAGACUUACUGUCCAGUUAAAUGGCCCAUAUGACGAGUUUUCGAAUAUUUGUAUAACACAGGCGUACGGUUCAAAGAACUACUCCAUAUCUCGAAUUGUGUAUAUCGUUUUCUUUACAGUGAUAUCGUGUGGGUAUUUGGUGUAUUAUUUUGUCUAUUUGAUGGUAAGAAGGAUAUAUCCAAACAAUCUCAAUAUCGAACAAUACCUCAAUAUUGGAUUAAUGUUUGCCGCACUCGCUUUCAAUGACCCAAUCGACUUGUUGGCACUUGCAGUGAAUUCACCAUUCUUCCCGAUUCUUCAUGGGAUCAUGAACACCAUUUUCUUGGCGUACCUCAUCUUCUUUGUUAUAGCAUUCUUCCAAUAUUUGAGAAUUGAUAACGGUCUCUUUUUGAACAAAAAGGUUGAAUGGAUUGUUGCCGCUGUAUGCACAGGUGGGAUGAUAUUCUCAUUCAUGUUUUCCGCAUCAUUAUAUUACAAAGGCAUGACGGAUAACCCAUUUGCGGUGAUCAAACCAGCAACUACACUCUCUGUUGUUAUGUACACAGCUUCAAUUAUAUUCAUCACUAUUGUCUUCAUAUGGAUCAUAUUUAUGUUCUUCACGUCGUACCAAUCAAUACGAAAACACAACUCAAUUGUGAAGUGCAUUUACUUCUGUGCAACUUCGCUCAUUGUUAUUGGUAUUGAAUUUACGAUGCUUAUAUUCAGUGACUAUACUUCUUUCUUCAACACUUCAUUCACUUCGGAAAUUUUUGUGUUUGGGAUCAACGCCUAUAUAUUCGCAAUGUUCUACGCGUUUGUUCCAUCGUUCGUCAAUCAAUUCGACGAAGUUGUGUUGGGGCCAAGUGAUAACGAUGACACCAAACCAAUUUUGCACCCCGUUACUGAAGAACCAGAAACUAAUGUAAUACAACCAUCCGUCGACCCAUACGCGGACGACCAGAAAAAUUGA